CAUCAAAGGAAGAAUAUUUUUUCGAAAAGUGGAGCGCUCUGUUUUAAAAACCUUUAAAUUAAAUUAUUAUAAUCGCCCAUUGUUGCAUGCCAUUAGCUGAUCCACAGGUGACUCAUGGCAGCAAAAGUUGGAAAAUGUCCAAGCAAGUCAAAAAAGUCAGACAAGAGAGACAACCCAGCAAACCCACAGGAAUCCACACAGAGCCAUCAUGUGACCUCAGGCGGCUCCGGGCCCUCCUCGCCAAAAGCAGCCCCAAACAAGAGGUUUCGAGUCACAGUAAAGCAGGAAGCAGCAGAUUCCACAGCCCGCACCCUCCAAGAGACAGCUGCAGUGAGGCCUUCGAGCUGGAAAGAUUCAGCAUGACAUACAGAGAGGAGAGAUGUUUUAGCAGUCACCCGCUUCAUAAACUCUUCUCUGACGUCCUCGCCUCUCUGGUGAAGAACCGCCUCUGCAGUGAAUGGAUUGACAUAGCGCCGCCUGAGUCGGUCCUCAGAGUUCUGCUUUGCCUUCGAUUGCUGAUCAGAGACCCUCAGCAUCAGAAAAUGCUCCAUUGUCUCCAAGGUGUCAGUUCCCUUGCCAAGUACAUGAGCUGUGCGGCUGACAUGUAUUUAGCAUGUGGCGAACAAGUGCUGGCCGCACAGUCGCUGGUCGCCAUGACCUACACGUUCCAGAAGCUAUCAGCUACUGAGAACCAAAGGGUCUGGGUCAUUGAGAGCGGCGCUCACAUGACGCUGGUGAAGCUGCUGUCCACAACUGAUAGUAGCGUGCUGCUUGGAGCCCUCAUGACACUCACCACCUUGGCUGAGAGUUUACGUUCCCGCAGUCCACAGUGCAGGGAUGAGAUCGGGGCACUGGCGAUCGCUGAGAACCUUCUUGUGAUCCUGCAGGAAUAUGACCUGCUGUCCAAGAGGAUGGCUGCAGAGCUACUGAGGCGUCUCUCCCCCGUGCAGCACGUCAGAGAUGAGCUGAGAGAGCUGGAGGGGCUGCCGGUGCUGCUCAGCCUGCUGCACACUCAGCACCUCAAGCUGUUAUGGAGUGUGGCCUGGAUCCUGGUGCAGCUCUGCCAGGACUCCGACACCAGGACCGAGAUGCGCAGCUGGGGGGGCGUGCAGCCUCUGCUCCGGCUGCUCAGCAGCCACAGACGAUUUGACUGUGACCGCUUGUCCAUCGAGAAGCUGUCAAGCGCCAACGCCGCUGGCCGCAUCCACAGAGAAUCAGCAAGAGAGGAGCUCAGCCCCCUUGAGGAGGUCAACGACGUCGUGGCCCUGCAGUCAGCCUGCUGCACAGCUCUGACUGAGCUCAGCCUGGAUGACUGGUGUGCUCAUCACAUUGUGCAGGAAAAUGGAAUCUAUAUCUUGGCAAAACUGAUUUUACCACAAAGCGGUGGUCCAAAGGUGUCGUCUUUACAGUGCUACACAUUCCGGGCCCUACGCUUUCUCUUCAGCGUAGAGAGGAACAGACAUCAUUUUAAGAGGCUCUUUCCUACUGACCUUUUUGAGGUUUUUAUAGACGUGGGUCAUUAUGUGCGGGACCUCCAGGCCUACGAGGGUCUUCAAAUCAAACUUUCUCAAUAUUCUGAGGAUGAGCUGGAGAGCCUGAGAGAGAGCAUCACAGCCAUGGACCAGAACAGACCUGCACUCAAGGUCAUCCACAGUUACGCCAUACUGGACCAUCUCGGCACCGGUGCCUUCGGAAGUGUCUUCAAGGUACGGAAGCAGAGCGGUCAAAAUCUUCUGGCACUCAAGGAGAUCAACCUCCACAACCCAGCUUUCGGCAAAGACAAGAAGUCCAGAGACAGCAAUGUGGAGAAGAUCAUCUCGGAGCUGGCCAUCAUUAAAGAACAGAUGGCCCACCCAAAUGUUGUCAAGUACUACAAGACCUUCCUCGAAGAUGACAAGCUGUACAUCGUGAUGGAGCUGAUUGAGGGGGUUCCUCUGUUGGAGCGUUGCAACUCCCUGAAAGAGAAGCAGGAGCAGUUCACAGAGGACCAAAUUUGGAACAUCUUCAUCCAGAUGUGCUUGGCGCUGAGGUAUCUUCACAAGGAGAAACGGAUUGUCCACCGUGACCUGACACCCAACAACAUCAUGCUGGGCGAGAAGGACAAAGUCACCAUCACCGACUUCGGGCUGGCCAAGCAGAAGCAGGAGAACAGCAAGCUGACCUCGGUGGUCGGCACCAUCCUGUACUCAUGUCCAGAGGUGGUGAAGAACGAGCCGUACGGAGAGAAGGCAGACAUCUGGGCUUUGGGCUGCAUCAUCUAUCAGAUGGCCACUUUAGAGCCGCCCUUCUACAGCACUAACAUGUUGUCAUUGGCCAGCAAGAUUGUUGAAGCAGUUUAUGAGCCGCUAGAAGAAGGACGUUACUCAGACAGGCUGCAGGACAUGAUCACAUGGUGUUUGAGUCCAGACGCAGACCAGCGGCCAGACAUUGUGGCGGUGAGCUCCAGGAUCUCGGACCUGAUGAUGUGGGUGAUGGACAGUCUCUACACCUCCCAGAAUGUUCUGGAAAGGAGAGCCGAGAGAGACAGGAAGCGAGCGCAGAGGUACUUCAUGGACAGGCACAAGAGCUGCCCUCAGAAAGAAACCUUCAUGACAGCUGACCUUCCAGUUGUUUACUUUCCUGCAAACUGCAGUCCAAACCAGAUUGAAGAACAUCUCAGUUUAGAUGAAGCCUCUGAUGAGGAUGUGGAGACGAUCAUUGCCAGGAACGCCGGAGGAGAACCCCACGGGUCAAAGUGUGCUGCCUGUGUUGUACCUCAACCACCUCAACGUAGGCUCAGAGAGGAUUUGUCUCCAGUGAGGAUGAAAUCAAAACCAGCGUCGGCAGGGAUCUACGUCUCCCAGAGGGGCCUUCGCCAGAUCAAAGAUCCCAUCCAAAGGCUUCUGGAGCAGCUGCACAAAGUGGUCUACAUCAGCCAACUUCCACCCGCUCCUCGCCACAACAUCAAGAGACGGCUUGUAGAAAGGUUCAAGAAGUCUUUGUUCCAGUUUGGGAGCGACCCGCAGAACUUAAAAGUGGAGCUCAGCAAGCUGGUCCAGGCGUCAUCAGAGCAGAUGGAUUCAGGCUUCCAUCCCUUCGCCGGAGACCUCCAUUUCAAUGAAGACUCAGCUGGCACUCUGAGAGAAGGAGUCACGUACCAGCAGAUGCAGGGGAUCGUGGAGGAGCUGCUGGAGGAGAGCGGCUACUACGAAGCCACACACAGCAGUGCGGCUAUUGAGGCGUCAGAGUGAGGGUGAGAAAGGUGCUGUGGCACCCGUUACACAACAGGACUGUGUAAGGCGCCCAACCACAGACUGACUGGCGCUUUGACUCGAGUAAACGUCUAAAGCGAGGGCUGGAAAGUCAAGCAAAACAAGUUUAUAGAGGAAAUGACUUCACAAACUGCAACAAACACACUCGCCGGCACACUCACCUCCUGGAUUGAGGGCAUUCUCCUACAUGCCAACAUUAGCUACACUCAAAUCAUGGAAAUCCAAUUUAUCUGUCCCAGACACAGACAAAUAUGACCCAAAAAAUACAUUUUAUGAAGAAUAAUUCCAGUUUUACAUGCAGACAACAACGUGAAAUCAUUAUAAAGAUUAUAAAUGCAUGGAACUAAUUGUUGGUGCCGACCUGUAUACAGCCUCGCCAGAUAGAAUUCAUCCUGUUUCUCACCUUUAUCAAAUUGCAGCCACUCGCAACUUCCUUUGGCCCCAUGGCGGGCUAUUUAGCAGUCACACUCAAUUUUGUUUUGGGCACUCUAUUUUGUGGAACAAUACAGCACAGGGCUGACAAUUUUUGGACCAAAUUUUCAGAAUAAUUUUUCUGUGUUUUGUGAUUUUAGGGGGGCAGACAAAAGAAGUCGGCCAUGUUCAUACUCGUAAGGCACAAAGACAAAGUGACAGCUUCCAAUUGUAUUCUCACAGAUCUUUAUAUAGAUACAUAUCAUGUCUGGGUGUACAUGUUAAUAAGGUAGGCUCUUUUUUUUCCCCAACCAGUACAUGCUUAACCGUGGUGGUGCUGUACAAUACAACACUGUAAAGACUUUCUUUUUACCUUACUUACCAAAUACAUACACUGUGCAACAUAUCAGGUACAUGGUUCAUGACUGGUGGACAGGGAAUUUUUAAUAUUAUCAUUCAAAAUAUAUAUAUAUUUUUAGAACAGUUUUCAUACCUGACAGUUAAAUAUUUAAGAGGCACUUGACAGCAACCCACCCAUAGAGGGCGUCAAAUGAGCAUAAAUAAAUACGUAUUUAAACGGGAACGCCACUCUGAGACCCACGCUGCUAAAUUAGUUCUAAUAUAAAUACUGCUUUGUACAAAGAUAAUGCUGUUUUAAUUAAUGUAUUAUAUAUUUAUUGUGAUGAUUUGAGCAAAAUCUUAAAUUUUAGUAACAAUAUUGAAUGCUUGUGAUGGACUUUGAUCAGAUGUUAUAAUACAUUGUUUGUGAUUUCUGCUUCUAACAUGUCUGUCCAGUGGAUAUUAAAGUACGCAACAACAUGCGUAGUUUUGCCACUGAAGCCUGAAUGUAAACAGCAGCGCCGUAUCUCACCAACAGAGGGCAGUAUCAUCCACGCCACUGCAAUUUAUCGUGCAGUACCGUAAUCCCACCAGCCGAGGGCAGUGUAAACCCAUGCUUCGUUUAAGCACAAGUAUUGAAUGUAGCCAGGCAUGGGUCAGCAGCGGUGUUUAAUAUUUUAAUGAAAAAGUACAUAUCACACAUUAAACAUACACAGAAGAGGCUUGAAUUGUUGUUAGAGGUUGUCAUGGUGACAGUACUGCGACACUCAGCAAUGUAGCAUGAGCCAACGAACCUUGAAACAAAACAAUCUAGAGUUUCAUGUAAACUUACCAGCUUGUAAACACUCGUUAAGGCAUUGAAGAGUCGGCUAGCGGUGUGUGGUCAACAUUAUUUCCGGUAAGAAGAUGAAUAAGAACGACUACUUCAAGUGUAGCACAUGUUCAAUGAGGGUAAAUGUUACAAAGUGCAAAGAUUUCAUGAUACAUGCAGUGCUUGUUAGCCUAAAAGUGCGAGCGCACGUGACGUCUUCACACACGUGUUCUAACGUGUGCUUGAGGCCACGUGGCAGGGAGUUAGGAACCUCGCUUACACAUUACUUAUGUUUAUCCUAUGACAAGCGUUACAUUAUUGGACGUGGAUGGCCGUCCUCACGCCAGGUGCUGGUGCUAUUCCCGUCCAGUGCAGUCCUAGUGUGUGUGUGUGUGUGUGUGUGUGUGGGUGGGUGUGUAAGCGGGAUCAGCAACUUGAGUGGUGUGACGUCAUAAGUACACUAUUGGAUCCUUAGCAGUACUGUGGCGUACGUUCAUGUAGACCAGGGGUGUCCAAAGUGGGGCCCAUCGGACAAAAAAAUCAAUAAAUAAAAAUAUAUGUAAUUUUUUUAAAAAAAAUUAUAAACAUUCAAUUCAUUCAUUCAUUCAUUUUCUACCGCUUUUU